CAUAAAUUGUCAGCCGAAAUGUAAGACAACAUUAUAGAUUCUCUUUAUAAGAAAUUUAUUUUAAAAAUGCCAUAGCAAGAUAUCCCUAUCACCAUCAGCCAUAUCAAGACCAAGAAAAUGGACGCAUGCUGUAUUAUCCUGACUUGCUUGCUACUAAUACAGAUGGCAGUGAUUUUAAUCAUGCUAAAUCCCGUGUACGAUGUGAAGAAAAUCUCUCAGUAUCUUACAACAGUAACAAAAACACACAAGACGUUCUAUUUCUGCUCAAUUACGUGCUAUUUCCUUUCCGUUGUGUAUCUGGGUAUGUGUGUCCCUCUGCAAAGCAUUCACUCGUUAAUUUUCUCCAAUAUCCUAAAUGAGUACGAUAAAUUGAUUCUCCUGAGUAGAGUUGAGAAGAACUACAUCAUCGCUGGAUUCUCCUUGUUCCUGGUCGUGGUAAUGUACGGGAUUAGAGCACUAUUAUUAUACACAGCAAGCCUUGUGGAUUUAGCCGAUAAUAAUGAUUCGUUACUCCGUUCAGAGUCAAAAGUUCAGAAGAAAUCGCACCCGAACAUUUUGCCGAGUCUCCUAAGAGUGAAAAGGUCAAUUUCGUAUGAAACGAUUCUUUUUACAAAUGAAAUUCGAGAGCAAUUAAAAGCUGUUAUACGUAAUAUCGAAUUCCCUCACAAUAGGUGCGCUCUGUCAAGUAUUUUGGAAACAAUGCAUGUGAAUAUCUAAUGUAAGAUUUUUUUUAUACCGAAAUGUUUAUACUGUCACUCCGUCGCAGU